GAAACCAAAUUUUUUUCAUCAUUGAGCUUUUUUUCUUCUACAGAACCCUAAUUUCACGUUCUAGGUUUCAAUAUCUCUCUCUUAUGAUUCUCAUUUCUUUGAUUCCCCAAUCUCUAGGGUUUAGUGUUUUACCCAAAUUCAUACCCUAAUGGGUGCCGUAGCGAUCAAUCGUAAACGCAGCGACGAAUCCUUCAAUUUCAAUCAACAAUCAACCAACCCUUUACGAAAUUCACCGUAUUUCCAAGCUUCCAAGAAACGAAGAUUCUCAUUCGCUAUGUCUGAAGAUUCAGGCAAGCCAGCUUCUUCGUCUUCAAACCCAACAAUCUCGAGGAUUUCAAGGUACCCUGAUGCUAAAGCUCCUCUUAGACGAGAAAUUCAUGCUCCUAGUAGAGGCAUUCUUAGAUAUGGGAAAGCUAAAUCUAACGAUUAUUGCGAAAAGGACGGAAAUUUCUUUGUUCGUAAGUAUGAUGAUGCAAAGAGAUCAGCUUUGGAAGCUUUGAGAUUUGUUAAGAAAGAUAAAGAUUUUGUUGAUUUGGGUGAUGAGGUUGAAAAAGAAGCUGUUGUUUCUGAUGAUUCAAGUGUUGAAGAGAUUGUAGUUGUUGAUUGUGAUGAUGAGGAGGAAGAUUUGGUUGGGGAGAAGAAGAAGAAGAAGAAGAAGAAGAAUCAGCCUUCUUUUUCUUCUGGUGUUACGGAUGUUAAGAAAGGGGGUAACUUUAGAGUUGAUGAUACUAGUAUGAUGCUGGAUUCGUUGUCUUUAGAUAGAGAUGAGAGUGAUGCUUCGAGUCUUGAAGCUUAUAGAAAGCUUAUGCAAAGUGCGGAGAGGAGGAAUUCGAAAUUGGAAGCUUUGGGUUUUGAGAUUGUGUUGAAUGAGAAGAGGUUGUCACAGCUUCGUCAGUCUCGCCCGAAGCCUGUGGAAAAACGUGUUGAGGUGCCUCGUGAACCUUUUAUACCUCUCACCGAAGACGAAGAGGCUGAAGUCAACCGUGCCUUUUCUGGGAGAAAUAGAAGGAAGGUCUUGGCUACUCAUGAAAACUCAAACAUUGAUAUUACUGGAGAAGUUCUACAAUGCCUUACACCAUCCUCAUGGCUAAACGACGAGGUUAUCAAUGUCUACCUUGAACUACUCAAAGAAAGAGAAACCAGAGAGCCCAAAAAGUAUUUGAAGUGUCAUUUCUUCAAUACAUUUUUUUACAAAAAGCUGGUGAGCGAUUCUGGUUAUAAUUUUAAAGCUGUCAGGAGAUGGACUACGCAGAGAAAGUUGGGAUAUGCUCUUAUUGACUGUGACAUGAUAUUUGUUCCCAUCCACAGGGGUGUACAUUGGACCUUGGCAGUAAUUAACAACAGGGAAAGCAAGCUCUUGUAUCUUGAUUCACUGAAUGGAGUUGAUCCUAUGAUUUUGAAUGCUCUGGCAAAAUACAUGGGCGACGAAGCGAAGGAAAAAAGUGGAAAAAACAUUGAAGUUAAUUCGUGGGAGAUGGAAUUUGUUGAAGACCUUCCCCAACAAAAGAAUGGGUAUGACUGUGGAAUGUUUAUGCUUAAGUACAUCGAUUUUUUCAGUAGAGGCCUGGGGCUAUGUUUCAGUCAGGAACACAUGCCAUACUUCCGACUCAGAACAGCUAAAGAGAUUCUGAGAUUACGAGCUGAUUGAAGUUGCUUGAGCUAAUUAAUGUAUUUUCAGCUUUUAGGAAUGCUAUUUUUGCUUGCCAUUGUUUAUUUGUUCGAACUUUAAAUCCCACUUCUUUUAGGCAGUGAAGCACUCAGCUUCAAUAGCAGAGGUAAACACUGAGUCAAGCUCAGAGCUCUUAGCUCCUUUUAUUGUAUUUUUCUUUUUUUGUUUUAAAAUGUAGAUGAAGCGUGAUUAUUUUAUGUUGGUUAGUCUAACUGAAGAUAUAUAAAUUGUCGAAAACCUUUUACGGUUCAAUUUAUU